UGCCCGAGAGAUAAAACCUGAACAGUGGCAGUGCGUUGGAGCAAUGGUGGGCAUUUGUUCUAGAAGCCUCACCAAAACCCUCGUCCUUAACCUCAAGCCUGCGAUCUCAGCCCUCCCACCAACUCUCUCUCCCUCCUUUUCUCGGCUUCAGGUUCGUUCGCUGAUCAUGGCCGACUCUGCUUUCAAGAAGAUUCAGAUUCAGAGAGACGACACUACAUUUGAUGCAUAUGUGGUUGGCAAAGAAGACGCUCCUGGCAUCGUUGUGCUUCAAGAGUGGUGGGGUGUUGACUUUGAGAUCAGGAAUCAUGCUUUGAAAGUUUCUCAAUUUGAUUCUGGCUAUAAAGCACUUAUCCCAGAUUUGUAUCGGGGAAAAGUUGGUUUAGAUGCUGCCGAGGCACAACAUUUGAUGGAUGGUCUUGACUGGCAAGGUGCUGUGAAGGAUAUUCGUGCUUCAGUUAACUGGCUCAAAGCAAAUGGUUCACAAAAGGUGGGUGUAACUGGAUUCUGCAUGGGCGGUGCUCUCUCUAUUGCUAGUUCUGUUUUAGUCCCUGAGGUUGAUGCUGUUGUAGCAUUCUAUGGAGUUCCUUCAUCAGAGCUUGCAGACCCUGCACACGCAAAGGCACCUGUUCAGGCUCAUUUUGGGGAGCUCGAUAGUUUUGUUGGCUUUUCAGAUGUAACGGCAGCUAAAGCAUUGGAGGAAAAGCUGAAGGCAUCAGGAGUUCCGUAUGAGGUACUUGUUUAUCCAAGAAAUGCACAUGCUUUUAUGAAUAAGUCUCCCGAGGGUGUGGAGAGGAGGAAAGGUAUGGGAUGGGCUGAUGAUGACGAAGCUGCAGUGGAGCUGGCUUGGUCUCGGUUCCGAUCAUGGAUGAGCCGUUUCUUAUCUCCCUAAGCAAUAUGUGUUGCACUGCCUAUCACAUUAAAGUUUCCUACCUUAAUAUAAUAAUCUGGUAUGCAGUCAAGAUAUGUUAGGUAUGCUGUUCUUACUCUUUGCAAAGUGUGUGCGGAUGUAACUUUAAAAAUUGCUUUCGUUGUGAUAUAUUACUACUGCAAAUAUUGUUCUGUCAGUAAAUGUUUGUCUUCUUAAGAAUAUUACUCCUUAGAUGCCGUGUAAACAAAGUUGGAAUAACUGGAUCGGACUACAAAGGAAUUCCUGUGUGAACGUAUGCCUCAAAUUUCAAGAA